AUCAUCUGGUUUUACCAAAAGCUCUGUUAAGAAAAUCAGGUACUCUUAUGUUAUCAGGACCAGAUUCAGAAAUGAAUGCAUAUGCACAUAUUACUGUGAAACAAUUCAAGGAAAAAAUAUCACCUGUCUUGAACAUAUCAGUUGAGAAACAAAGGCUAAUCUUCUGUGGAAAAGUUCUAAAAGAUGAAAAGAAACUAAAUGAAUAUGAUGUGAAUGGAAAAGUUAUUCAUGUUGUACAAAGUUUACCUCCUCAAGGAAAUAAUUCAUCAUCAUCUACCUCUUCUGCGAAUUCCUCUGCGGGGGGAUCUCGAACAGGUGGCCAUCGUGAUGCGGCUGGUUUCUUGCUUGGGGCAUUUACAAUUCCACAAGAUCUUAUUGAUCCCACCCAAGUUCAGAAUAUUGUUCAAGAUGUUGUAUCAGGAAUGGGAGAAAUUGGAAGAAAUGCUACGGUUAUGUCUAGAACAUCUGAGGAUGGUUCUUCUGUUGAUGUUCAUAUAAACUUGGGACAAGUGCCAUUGCAAAGUGAAGCUCAACUUCGAAUGAAUCGAGUCCAGACAAUGCUUUUGAGAGCUAAUCGCCUGCUUGAAUCUUUAGAGGAUGGGACUAGUUCUAAUAACGGAGUUGUAGUGGAUUCAUCUUCACAAACUGACAACGAAAGUGAAGAAAUACGCAAUAGUCCCAUGGAAGUUGAGUCAGAGAGUCCAACUGCGCCAGACAAUGAUGUAACAAAUGGUACUUCUGAAGAUUCUUCUAUAAACAAUGAGACAAACAUUGAUGAUUCAACUGGAUUACCUUCUGAAGUAAAUUUAACCACUGAAACUUCUGUGCGAACUCCUGCAUCAUCUGAAAGGUAUCGUUUUGAAGGCUUAGCACAUGCUGCCCAAGCAGCUAUAUCAGCUGCACUUGCUACAGCAGCAGCAGCAGCCAGGGCAGCAACUGCAACUGUGACUACACCAAUAAUUGCUGAUACAGAUAACAUGAGAACAAUUGAUCCAGAACCGAUGGAUUCUGAAUCCUCAGAAUUUCAUGGCUCCAGAAUUGAAAGUUCAGCUUCUGCGACUUCUGAAAGUACAGAUGAUGUUGGAGGCAUGCCAUCUGUUCCUGUACAACCUAGUCCAGCUAGUAAUGAGCAAAGUCAGCAAGACAAUAGUACUCUUCCAGAUUCUACUACUACUAAUCAAAGCACUCAGAAUUCCAGUUCUGCUUCUGGACGUAGAGAAGUUAUGCCUAGUGUGCAGACUUUGGCUAAUUUGUUAGAUGAAGUCAUUCGAGUAAAUACAAGGUUGGAACCAUGCUUAGAGAGAUGUAGGGAUUUGAUCAGAAGUGACCCACCUCUUGCUGGAAGGCAACUGAGUGAUGCUCAUCGAUUGUUCAGCAGGAUAUCUCAACUUCUGCAUUUCCUUAGUCAUGCUUUUCAUUCUUUAAGUGAUUUGCAUAUUAAUUUCAGUCAAGCACCUCCACGUAGCCCUCGAGUUCGUAUAAUUUCUUCCCACAGUUCAUCGGUAUUACAUGGCAUUCCAGUGCAAGCUCAGAUCAGCAUCAGCACAUCAAGUAAUGCUGUUUCUUCCCCAAAUCAAAGUACUACUACUACUGCAAAUAAUACAAGUAAUGAUAAUACACAGAAUUCAACCACAGAAGCAAGGCCAGCUCCCCGAGUAGUUAACCAGAUUCCAGUCAGUACUCCACUUACUGCAACCAGUUCUAGCUCUGUUGGUCCAUCUUUAUCUAGUGUUUUAAGGAAUCAAAAUCCACUUGUUUUCAUGGAAGUUUCACCAGGUACAAUUACUAUUGACAGCAUUUCAGCAAUGGAAGCUCUUAGUGGAAGUGAAACAAACAGAACAUCACAACCUACUGCUACUUCUAAUAGAGAUAACUCUACUUCAACUCAAAAUGAACCAAGUUCAAGUAGUACAGCUAGAGGCCCAAUGCCAAAUGUUUCUGUCCCUACAUUUACUGGGCAAGGACAUCCAAUGCUAAAUAUUCCAUUUCGUAAUUUAAUUCCAGUACCUUUGACAUCAAUGGGCAGUUUGCAUGCCUUUGAUUCUGGACUGCCUUGUCAUUCAGUUUGGGCUUUGGAACCAUCGCGAAGACGUCAUAAUGCAGGAGGAUCCAGGACACCAGCUGCUGUGCAAAUUGGUGUGACACCCAAUGUGCCAGGUCGCCAGGAAGACCAGUUACAGCAAGUUAUAAACAAUAUCAUGAUGUCAUUAUUAAAUCAUCCUAAUGUUCCGGCUCAAGGUUUUGCGACAGGAACUCCAUUACCACCAACACCACCACCAGGUUUCACAUUGUUUCCAUCUGCUACUGCUGAUGAUACUCAAAGACGUAGAUUUUUUAUGGAUUCAUCUGCAAGCCAUAGAAACCGAGAUAAUUCUGCUAGGACAGAAAACGGUGGAAGUCAGAUGAAUAGUUCUCCAGAGUUAUUUACUAUUCCUCUACCAGGUCGCUUUGAAUAUGAUUAUGAGACAUUUGAGAGCCUAUUUCAGCUUUUAACGGAAACAGAUGGCCCUCCACCAACCAUUGCUGAAGAAUUGGCAGGUUUCUUUAAUGUUAGAGGAGAUAGGCAUAAACCGGGUGUUGUGGAAAAACUUAUGUGGUUCAUUGCCAGGCAUCUAUCUUUUAAAGACGUCCUUGACAUCCAUAUGGGAAAGUAUGACUCUCUUGAUAAUAUAAGAGAGCCAUUGCAAGCAUAUGUUCGGGGAAAUAUUUGUGAUUGGACUGGGAAGCAAACUGAAAAAGUUAUCGAUUUGACUUCUCAAAUCUUAAAUGAAUGUGGUCUUCUUCAAGAGGUAGAGAAUAAAAUGGAUAUUCAUGAGGGUAUUGAUUAUAAUGAUGAGUUGAUUGCUUUCAUGAAGAACGUUGUUCGUGAGUUUUUGGAUGCAGUCCUUAAGCCUCAGAGUUCAGCAGAAGGUUGGAGUAAUUUUGGAAAGAAUUUUUGGAGUACAUGUGAGAAAUUAUUCAAGGACUUUUUGGCAUUAAAUGAUAGAUGUACUAACAAUGGAAAUUUUGUUGCAGAAACUGUAAUUUUGGAAGCAAUAGUGGCUCAGUGUGAUGGCUUAUCUGAUCGUUUGAGUCUGUUAAUUCAGAGCUUAUCUACAAGAAUAAUACGUGAUUUGUUUCAUAAUAAACAUCAGGAAACACAAUCAUGUGAUAAUGGUGCAGCUAAAAAUCAGAUCCCUAAUGCUGCAACUGGAAGUGCAUCUGUUGAAAAGAAAACAUCUUCAGCCAGAGGAAAUCUUCCAUCAGAUUCUUCAUUCAAGCAAGUAAAAAGAAAUGCGACUUCUCCAGAAGAAAGUUCAGUUUGCAACAAAAAAGGAAAAGAGCUGUCAUCAAAUGAAGUUUCAGAAAAUAGGGUUUCAUCUACUCUACCUUUAAUUGCUCGUUUGGAAGAACGAAGCUCUGCACUUCUCCGAAAUGCAAAUCAUGGGCUGGCUGAAGUUGUCAUUGGCUCAGAAGCAUGGCACAAUACUGUUCCACGUGACUGGGUUCCUAUAAUAGCUCGUGAUGUACAGCGUCAACGAAGGCAGGCUCCACAAGCACCAUUUAGUAAUGCAUAUCUAAGUGGCAUGCCAUCUAAACGAAGAAAGAUCAUGACAAAUGGUUCACCAGUUUUACUCGGACAGUCUCAGAGUGCUUUAUCAGACAUUCUGUUUCAAGCCAUCUCUAAUGCAAAUGUUCAACCUCUGCACAACAUUGAAGAAGUAAAGAAAGAUGCCUCUCAGGAUGUGUUACUUCAGUCUUCAUUUAAUGAACAUAUGAAAAAUGCUAUUCAGGAAAGAUUGCAUAGAGAUUUGGAUUAUUGUUCAGAAAGAUUCCCAAAUGCAGAAAAGUAUUUCAAUAUAGAUCAUAUUUAAAUAUUUUUUGGGGUUUAGUAACAGUUUGUAUUGUAUUUCUGCUUUUUAAAAUAAUAGCUUCAUAAAUUUUCUGAAUUUAUUGAUUAAUACUUAUGGUGUUAGCUUUUAAGAUAUCUUAUUUAUGUAGUUAUUUCUAAAUUGCAUGUAUUCAUUGAUCUGUAUUAUAUGCACCAAAUAGCAGUAUUUCUGUAUGUGUUUAGUUAUUGUCUAUUUUGUUUAAAGAUUUUCAACUUAAUGAAUAGUGCUGAAAUUUGAGCAUAUAUCCAAGCAAGUAAACAUUUACCUAUGAAGAUUAUGUAUCUUUUAAAUUGGAAUUAUGUUAGAAAGAAAAGCCACUGAGGAGUUUUAUAGUUUUGCAGGCAUUUUCAAAGUAAACUAUUUUCUGUGUGCAUUAAAUAUGUGCACAGAUUUGCUUUGUCAUUCCUUUAGAAUAAUUUUUCACACUUUUAUAUUAAACUGUAAUAGACUGCAUUUUAAGCAUAAGACCUGAAAUGAAAAAUCUUUUUAGAAUAUAAAGGACACUAUCAUAAGCUUCCUAAUUUUGUUAAUUGAUAUUAGUGGGUUUUUUAAUUUAAUUUUCUUUUUUUAAUUUUAGAGUAUCUCUGUAUUUCAUUUCAUCACUAUGAAGAAAUAGAAUUGUGAAUGUGUUAUAUUUUUUUAUAAUUUUGAUUCAUAAAAAACGUUUUUCCCUGAAAUAUUAUAUUCCCACCUUUUACUGUUUUGUAACUGAAUGUCAUUCACAGCAUACUUGGUGUAUGUAAUUUUUAGCCAGAUAGUGGAAAAUCUCAUGAAGUUUCAUUUGAAUUUUUUAAAAUAUGUUAAAAAUAUUUGACAGGAUAUCAUUGUACUUAAAUGGAUAUGCAAUGUAUUGUUUUUCCUUUUACUUCAAAAUCUCACUUAUUUAUGUAAUUUGCUUUAUCAGUAAUAGUUAAAUAAAUUACCAAAGUUUUUCGAACAUA